GUGGAUAUGCAGACUCCCACAAGCAGGCUUAUCCAAGCCGUUCCCUGCAGCUCCUGGUCCACAGCAGAGCUUGGAGGCACAAUUCAGAACUGGAGACCCUUGUGAAGCAGGGGGCCCUGCCACCUGCAGUGAAGGGGAUCCCUUCGCCACAGCAAAGUCUUUCAGCCUCAGCCAGCGCAGAGGUACCCACAGGUUUCCCAGAGACCCAACGUGACAACGAUUCGGAUGAAGAGUUCAUUUCCAACAAAAAGACAGUGGUUUCCAACGUCUAUGCACCUCAGGGGUUGGUUACUCCACAACAGCCCCGGCCCAAACCGAGCCCCACUUCAGCACCACAGGUGGCCAGGAUCCCUGUGUUGUCAGAGAGUGAAAGAAAGGCAAUUAUGGCUGAGCCAAACAGGUUGCCAAACCCAGAUUCCCCAAAUGCUAGCCCAGGAACCAUUUCCAAUUCCGAUGGGACCAUUCAAAGUUAUCCGGGGACCCAUGUGGAGGCAGAACCCUUUGAGGCUGAUUGGGAUGAGAUUCCAGAUAUCAGUGAUGCAUUGGCCCCACGGUUCAAAACACAUGAACACCAUCUGACACCGGAAGCCAUCCGGAGUCGUUCCAAGAGAAUUUUCACCAAACGGGCUGAUGGUAGCAAGAAGGUAACCAUCGAGGGCGAAUUUGUUACCCAAGCCACUAUGGAAUCUUGGGGGUGGUCUGAGCAGCGCAUAGAAGCCGUCAAGAAGCACUGCCGAUCCCAGCCAAAGAAGCUCUUGAGGCGUGAUACCUACCAACAAAUCACCUUGUUCUAUGUCGAGAAGGCCGUGAAGGGAAGCUACAAGUUUCGUGGCUGCACCACCACCCCUUCUCUGCAAGCCUCCCGAGUGGAGGUCACGAAGCGAGCCCGCUUGCAUGAGAAGGGUAUUGGUGGAAUGUCCCUCAGCCAUGAGGGCCCCUUUACUGAUGGACAAGAAGGCAAUGAUGAUGUUGACCUGACGAAGUCGGAUGACGACACCAAUGACGAUGCAGGCAUCAAGUUGAGGAAACAGCUUGGCAUCCCGGAGGCUGACCCAGAUGCUUUACCCAGUGCAUCCCUGAACAAGACUGCGUUGGCAAAGCGGAUCAGCAAGGUCGCCGCAUUCAAGGUAAAGUUUGUGGCUCCACAAGAUGGGCAGCUGACAGAAGUGCAAACCAGGCUGGCAGCGGCCCUGAGUGCUUCAGUGACAUCGCUAGAGGAGAUUCACACGGAGAUAUCGAAUGCCUACUCCAAGGGUGUGGUUCAAGGAUUCAAGAGAGAGGAAGAGGAAGAUCUGAAGAAAUUGGUUGACAAGGCUAUGACCAGGCCUUUUCAGCCCAAGCAGACCUCUGCUGAGCCCAAAGCGAAGGCGAAGGCCCAUGGGAAGGCGAAGCCGAAGCCGAAACCUCAGAGCAGACGUGCGGCAAAGGAAGAACACCGUUCCCCUGACCAUAGCAAGGGCCAGGGCAAAGGUGCCCAACAUCGACCAGAACCGCCUGGAGAAACUGCGCACAACUAUGCGGAGGUUUUAGCUGAUGGCGCUCCAGCUGCUACACUUUCUCAUUUUGCUGCUGUAGCAAGAGAGGAGGUGCAGCCAGGUCUCAGCGGAGAACGUAGUCGCAAAAAUGCAAGCCGUGAUGCACAUUAUUUUAUCAACAAAUGGGGCUUGACUUGGAAAAUUCCAUUGUCCUAUGUGGAUGUGGAGCAUGAUGGUGAAACAGUGAAAUUUGCUUACAUCAAACCAUUGGACUUCUUGAACUACUUGACACAAAAAGCACCUGAAUUGUUGAUGGGUGGUUGCCCCAACCUGGAUGAUGGGCAAGCGCAGCUGGAAUCAUUCUGGAAAGCUUAUUCCCAUAUACACCCGACACACUGUCUUUUCAAAGAACAAAAGUCUGAGCGUUCUUUAUCCAACACUUUUGCUUUGGCGAUUCAUGGAGAUGAGGGACGUGGUUUGAAAAGAGGCAACACCACCAUUCUUAUGAUGGAGACUUGCGUGGGGUUGGACACUUGGGCCAACUGGGUCAACAAAAAGGGUGCUUCGACUUGCGAGGAUUGUAGCCUUGAUGAGCCAGCCAGGAAAAGGUUACGCUUGGACCAUAGUGCCCCAGCUUCAGCCAUGAACCCUGCCUGCUAUCAGACUACGAACUUGAAACAGCAUUCUUUCUUGACAAAAUUUGUUUUGGCUGCGCUUCCUAAGAAGAACAAGGAAUUAGUAGAUGCAGUUUUGACUGAGAUCGUCCGGGACUUCAACAUUUUGUUUGAAACUGGAUUUUGCAGUGGUGGCCGUCGGUGGUUUGGAGCAUGUACUGGCAGCAAAGGGGACUUGAAAUGGGUGCAGCGUAUUGCUGAACUUGAGCGAUCAUUUGGCUCCCAAAUUUCCAUUGGCAAACCAAUGUGCCAUGAAUGCAUGGCAGGUACUCCUGAGCUACCAUUUGAAGACUCAACCCAUGAGCCGUUGUGGGGUCCAACUUGUUACACUGUCCGUCCCUUUUCUGUGAAGCCAAUUUUGUGUCACAUACCGUUUGAAUACGAAGGUGGGGAUGAUAAUCCUCCCUACGAACGGUUUUUUCGCCGGGACAUUUUCCACAAUACGAAGCAGGGAGUAUAUACAGAGACUUCAUUGCCAGUUGCGUGA